GUAGUCUUCAGCAACAAGUGCAAAGCAAAGCUGUCAAUUAAACAGCAGUCCAUUUUGUUGUUUUCUAGAGCCAGUGCUAUAGCAGAAAAGAAAAGAGCAUGAAUUAUAAUUUCCAAGAGCAGAACCGGAGGCUGUUUAUUAUGUUCUAUUUGACGUUUCUUUUUUUUCUUGUCGAACUUACAUGCAGCCGACUAACUUCUUCCUUGACAGCACUCUCAGAUGCCUUUCACACAUUAUCAAGUGUGAUUAUCUACUGUGGGACUCUGCUAGCAACUUCUAUAAUGAAGACCCAGUUUGCCAGUAAAAAUACCUUUGGCUGGGCUCGAGUAGAGGUGAUGGGAAUUCUUAUCAGCACAAUCUCCUUAACGGGUUUGUGUAUUACUGUAAUUCUGGAAGCAGUGAAAAGGCUCGCUUAUCCUCGUCUUCCAGACAGACCUACACUUUUAGUUGGCAUUGGCACCCUUGGACUAUUUAUCAGGCUACUUGGGUUGUUUUUGUUCUGGGACCAGAGAUACUGUGCUGCACUGACAUUCUCAAACCUGCAAAGAAAAUGGAAAUGCAACAAAACUAAAGGACGAGCUACAGACAGUGUAACAAGGGCUCAAGAACACCAAGGUCUGCUGCGGGAAAGAUUUUCUUCCUCCGCCUUCUCUGGUGUGCAGUCUAAUGUUUUUUCUUGGAAGAAAGAAAAACAUUUUAGUCAUUGCUCAGGGGAAUCUGGAUCUAAACCUCUGCAUAACUUUCAAGGAAUCUUCUUCCAAUUUUUAAAAGAUGCUUUUGGUUCUGUAAUUGUAAUCAUGCAUUCAGUAAUGCUUUAUCUGUUGUGGAACUCAUGCACAGAGCACAAGCUAUGCCAUAAUCUCUGUACUGGGACACUUUGCAAAAACUAUGAGCAUAAGCCUUACCCCAUAGCGGACUCGAGAUACACAGCUGAAGAUGAAGGACUUUGUUGGCUUGUGUACCUAGACUCAGUUACCUGCAUCAUUCUGUCAUUCACCUGGGUGUACACAAGCUGCUUCCAGCUUAAAGAAUCUGCCCAUAUCCUGUUACAGGCUGUGCCAAAAAAUGUUGAUUUGGUGGUGCUGAAAUCACAUCUGCAACGUCUACAAGGUGUGAUGGCAAUACAUGAGCUUCAUAUCUGGCAGUUGACUGAUACUUGUUUAGUGGGUACAGUGCAUGUCAAAUGUCAGGAUGCAAAUUCUUUCAAAGAACUUGCUAGAAAAAUCAACAUAUUUUUCCACAGUCAAGGAAUUAAUGCCAUAACAAUACAACCAGAGUUCAAUGCCAUCGAUGAUAGGGUAAGAGAACUCCAAUGUGACUUAGCUUGUGAUAUGCAGUGUAUGCUGAAACAAUGCUGUUAUGCAGAAAUAAAAAGAAUGGACAACAUUCUUAGUCCAGUUUUAAAUUCACUUCAGGUCUGUGCUGGUUUAGAACUAGAAGGGACAGAAAAACACAAAUCUGCAACCUCAAAUUACAAAGAUCUCUGUAUACUAGAACAUGAAACUUCUAUAUAGGUAUUAUUUACGAAACAAUCUGAAGAAGUUAUAUGUUAGAAUAAAAUAGAUACAUAAUCAGUAUAACUAGUCUGUAAAAUUACAGUGUCAACCCACUGAAAUGUUUUUAUAUGCAAUAUUUUAGAAAUAAAAACUUCUUGACACCAA